AUGGGAAAUGGCGGAGCGGGGGUUUGCAGGUUAGAAGGCGGAGGGGGAUGGGCAAGAGGGUUACAUACACGGGGGGAAGAGGUCCGGGAAGGGGUGUGGGGAGAUGAUGGGGACUAUGUGGAGUUGUUGGAAACGGAUGAGGAGGAGGAGGAGGAUGAUGAGGAGGAUGAUGAGGAGGAUGAUGAGGAUGAAGAGGAUGCUUGGGAAGUGACACUGACAGUGGGGGAGAACAGAGGAUGUGAUAGUCAAGUGCGUGAUUCUAAGGAAUUACUUUCUGAGAGUGGGGAGGAGAGGAAAAUGGGUUCAGGGCAAGCAAGGGAGGAGGAGGACAAAGAGGGAGAGAGGGGGGCAGGUAAGGUGAAGGAGGGAAAGGAAAGAGGAAAGGAGGAGAGGGAGGAGAAGUUGGAGAAAAAGGAGAGGAGGAAAGGGGGCCAUGAGACGUACUACACAUGCGACAUGUUGAAUCAUGCAAGGCAGCAUCAUGGGGGGGAGGGGAGGAGUGGGGACAUGAUAAAGCAUACAAGGAAGCAGCAAUGGGGAGAAGGGGGGAGUGGGGAGAAGCUGCUGCAUUCAAGGAAGCAGCAUUGCCAGGAAGAGGAGAGUGGGGACAUGGUGCAGCAUGCAAGGAAGCAGCAUUGCGACGAAGCAAGGACGGGGGAAGAGGGAAGGCGAGGGGAGGAGAGGGAUGAAGAGGGAAGGAGGAGGGAGGAGGGGGAGGAGGAGGGGAGGAGGGAGGAGGAGAGGGACGAAGUGGAGGGAGAGAAGGGGGAGGAAAGGAACGACAAGGCUUCCAGAGAGGAAGAGGUUCAUGGAGGGGAGAAGGACGCGGUUCAUGGAGGGGAGAAGGACGCGGUUCAUGGAGGGGAGAAGGACGCGGGAGUUUUGCGGAGGGAAGAGGGAAGGAGGGGGAACUGGAGGGAUCAAGAGGAGGGACCCCGUCCCCUUCCUUCCAGGGAGGGGAGCGUGGGAAGGGCAAUGAGACAGCUUCGAGGGGAGGGCAAUGCGCUUGGAGGAAGGAGGGGGAGAGAGGAGAGAGGGGGGCAGCCGUGGGACAGCAUGAGAAGGGUAGUGAUGCCUCUUCAAUUGGAGGGCAGCGUGGGAGAGGCAGUGAGGCAGCGGCAAGGAGAGUGCAGCGCGGUUGGAAGAGGGACGGGGAGAGAGGAAGGAGGAGUGCAACCCUGUCUUGGAAAUGAGGGCUGUCUGGGGAAGUCUGUGGUGCAGAUGCAAGGGGAGGGCAGGAGUUGCAACCCAACUGUAACUGCAGCUGGAGGAAGGGGGGGGACAGGGGUGGGUGCAACAACCCAAUCCUUGCCUGUAAAGGAGGGCAACAGCAAGGGAAGGGCAGCAGUGCAGUUGCAAGGGGAAGGCAAAAAUAGUGGCAGAGGGAGGAGAGAAGAGGUAGAAGUAACUCAAUCUCUGCUUGGCAAUACCGGCAGCAUAAGAAGGGUUGUGAUGCCGUUGCAAGGGGAGGGCAGCGUGAAAGAGGCAGUGAGGCAGCAGCAAGAGGAGGGUAGCGCUGCUGGAGGAGGGAGGGGGAGAGAGGAAGGAGCAGCGGAAUCCCUGCUUGGCAAGAAGGGCAGCAUGGGAAGGGUGGUGGUGCCGCUGCAAGGGGAGGGCAACGAAGGCGGAGGAGGGACGGCAUACGGAGAAGAGGAGGGAGCUGUUGCUGUGUGGAUGCAAGAGGGAUCAGAAGAGGGAUCAGAGGAGGGAGAAGAGGAGGGGGACGAGGACGAACCACCCUUUCCCGUGCGUUUCAAGGGAGAGGGAAGCAUGGGGAGCUGGAGGGUGAAUGAGUGGGAGAGAGAGGAGGAGGAUGCGAGUGAUGUGGAUGGUGGAGGCGAGAAGGAGGGUGAUUUUGUGAGUGGGGAAGAGGGAAGGAAGGGGGAGGAGAGGGGCGAAGAGAGAAGAAGUGGGGAGGGGAGGGACGAGGAGGGAAGGGAGGGAGAUGAGAGGGACGAUGAGGGAAAGAGGGAGGAGGAGAGGGGGGACGAGCGAAGGAGUGGUAAGGAGAGGAACGGGGAGGGAAGGACGGAGGAGGAGAGGGACGAAGAGGGAAGGAGGGAAGAGAAGAGAGAAGGUGAGAGAAGGAGGAGGAAGGAAAGAAGCGAAGAGGGAAUGAGGGAGGAUUGGAGGGGGGAGGAGGAAAGGAGGGGAGCAGCGCAAGAGGAAGGAGCAACGCAAUCUCCUCCUGGAAAUGAGGGCAGUGUGGGGAAGCCAGUGGCGUUAAUGUUGACAGAGCAGGGAUCUCCGUACCAAUCCUUGCCUGCGGAAGAGGGCAACACGGGAAGGGCAAUGCUGCCACUUCGUGGGGAGGGCAGCGAUGGUGGAGAAGGGGGAAAGGAGGGAGAAGGGCAAGAAGCACCGUCCCCAGCCUUGCCUGCGAAUGAGGGCAACAUGGGAAGGGCAGUGGCGCAUCUUCAAGGGGAGGGCAGCGAUGGUGGAGAAGGGUGGGCUGUGGGAGGCGAGGAGGAAGAUGAGUGGGAAGAGGCGGGAGCGGCCUUUUCAGUCCGUCACAAGGGUGGGGAGUGUGUGAGGAGCUGGAGGGUGUUUGGUCGGGAGGGAGAGGAGGAGGACGCGAGUGACGUGGACGGUGGAGGUGGAGUGGGGAGUGGGGAGGAAGGAGGGGAAGAUGGGGAGAUGGGGGACUGUUGGCGGUUUGUGGAAGAAGGGGCGGAAGGGAGGGGAGGCAGGGGGUAUUGGAGGGGACAGGAAGUGGGAGGAGGAGAAGCAGAGGAAGGGGAGGGUAGGGGAGAUGGAAGAGGGGAAGGGUAUAGGGCAGAAGAAGGGGACGGAGGGGUGAGGGAAGAGGAAGGAGAAAGGGAGAGGGAGAAGGAAAGUGAAGGGGAGGGGGAUGAAAAUGGAGGGGAGAGGGAAGAGGAAGGGGGUUUAUGGGAGAAAGGAGAGGGAGGAGAAUGGGUAGAGAGGGAAAGAGAGGGCAUGGAUGGAAGGGAGGAGGAAGAUUUGGCAGUUGAGCAAGAGGCGCAAACAGGCGUGCAGGAGGGGUGGAGGAGGAAGAGACAUGCUGCAACAAGAGGGGUUUGUUUGGAGUCAACUCGAUGCAUUCAUAAGCGGUGUUGGACGAGCAGCGAGCACGCAACAGCAAGUGAGGCUCGUGGAGGGGGAUUGCUUAGAACGGGAGGGGUGAUGAGAAAGAGAAUGCGUUUUGAAGGAAUCAUUGAGGGGGAGGGAGGUGGGUCCAGGGAACACCACCUGGAAAGUCACCUGAGGCAGCAGAUGAGAUACCUGGGCACGAAGGUGCAUCAUUUUGUGGGGAGGAAGGGAUGCCAGUUCAAGCUGAGGAAACACCUGAGACGGAAGGAGAUGCUUCUGAAAGAGGAAGAGAUUUACCUGAGGCAGAGGGAAGAACACGUAAAGGAGCAAAAAGAGCUUCUGAGGCAGCAGAACGAACACCUGAACGUUCAGGAAAACCACCUGAAGCGUAGGAGACAGCAGCUGGAGCUUCAGAUGAGACGCACAAGGUUGCGAAAGGAUCGUCUGGAUCGUUGCCUUGUGGGUCCGUAUGGUUUGAGAAGAGGGUUUGGGGUGAGUGGUGGGGAGGGAUGGAGGGUGGCGGAGGAUGGACGGAGAGGAAGAUGUUUUGCGGUGGGUGAUGGGGAAGAUGGAGGGAGAGGACUGGUGAACGGAGGGUCACGAGGGAGGGUGAUAAUGAGAGGGAGGAGUGGUUGGGGUGAAGGAUUGGAGUAG